GAAACAGAGCUUCUCUUUUCGUUUAUUGAAAUUUUGUUCGUGGUUGCCGCGAUUGUUAGGCCCUGUAAAAAAAAGCGUUCAUACGUUGGUCGGAGCCGUUUUGCAUGGCGGUUUGCUUUCGAGGGAGUACGGCAAAGAUAUCAAGGUCUGCAAAUUUAGACGUCGUUGCAAUAUUGGGUGCUUCCGUGAGAUGAGAAACGGAGGUUAAUGGGGAGAUUGAGAACAGCUUUUCUUGCCAUCUCUCUCGUUUUUCUUGUUUGCGUUUCCGAGGAGAUCAUCUCUCGACGCGGCGCUAACCGCGGCGAGGCUCACGGUGGCGAUGAUGUGGCAGAACAAACAUGGAUACAUUGUAGAAAAGAACUGAAAGAUAGGAACAGAGAUUGCCUUCUCUAUAUCCCUCCUCGUGUAGCAGCAGCUAAUGAUACGUACCAGAAACUAUCCGUCUUAACCGGUUGGUUCAGCAACUGGUUUGGACCUCUCCUUGAUUCUACUACAAGCUAUCCAACAAGAAAGCUGAUCGGUAAGCAAAAGAAAAAGAGAAAGAAGUUUAGAGUAUCUGCUCCAAACUUUGCACUUGGUCCUGCACCAGGUUUUGCUCCAGGUCCUUCUCCCCGUUUCGCACCAGGUCCUGCUCCAACUCCUCAGAGUUAUGACCUUGCUGCACCUUCAAGCGCUCCUUCAUAUUCGCCAGCUGAGGCGCCGGAUGAAUCAAGCUUUGGUGGUCCGACUAAGAAGAGAGCAAAGAGUAUUGUUGCUCCUAGUCAAAGUGUUCCAGGUCCUCCUCCUCCUCCACCUCCGGAGAAGAAGAAUGAUAUCUUGAUGGAUCUUAUCAUCGCUGUUGCUUCAACCGCUGUGUUAACGUUUUUUCUAGUUGCAUUACUAUUCUUAUGUUGCUUCAGACGCAACAACCGCAAAAAUGCGGUUGGUCCUAGAAAUGGACCAAGAGAUGAAGGACCACUUCUACAUUUAUCUGAUUUAUCAGCUGGAUCUAAUGAGAACUCUCCAAAGGUUGCAGCCACGAGUAGGAGAUUCUUCACUGCUACUUCUAAGAAGAGAUCAUUUCUUUCUAGAGUAUCUCUAAAGAGAAACAAUCAUGAGUUUUCACCCGCUGAAGCGUCGUCAUCCUCUGGACUUCCUCUUCCUCCUGGAAGAUCAUCAGCAGCUCCUCCUCUUCCUCCUCCGGCUCCACCAGCUCCUCGGCCUCCUCCACCAGCUCCUCCUAAAUCUAAGCCUCCUCCUCCAGCUCCUCCAAAACUUGUGCGUCCUCCACCUGCACCACCAAAACGUCAAGGACGUAGCUCCUCUGGAGAUGGUUCUGAUGUCGAUUCGGAGACUGGUGCUCCGAAAACAAAACUAAAACCGUUUUUCUGGGAUAAAAUGGCUAACCCUGAUCAGAAAAUGGUUUGGCAUGAGAUCAGCGCCGGUUCAUUCCAGUUCAACGAAGAGGAGAUGGAGUCUCUUUUCGGCUACAAUGAUGUGAACAAAAGCAAGAAUGGUCAAAGAGGAGAGUCAUCUAGAGACUCUCCUGUUCAGUAUAUACAGAUAAUUGACCCAAGAAAAGCACAAAACUUAUCUAUUCUUCUUCGAGCUUUGAAUGUAACAAUAGAAGAAGUCGUCGAUGCCAUCAAAGAAGGUAACGAGCUCCCAGUGGAGCUUCUCCAAACAUUGUUGAAGAUGGCUCCAACUUCAGAGGAAGAACUCAAACUUAGACUAUACUCGGGAGAUCUUCACCUGCUUGGCCCUGCGGAGCGAUUCUUGAAGAUUCUUGUUGAUAUACCUUUUGCGUUUAAACGUAUAGAGUCCCUUAUAUUCAUGAUAUCGCUUCAAGAAGAAGUCUCUGGCAUCAAAGAAUCACUCGCAACUCUCGAGGUGGCUUGCAAGAAACUUAAAAACAGCAGACUGUUCAUAAAACUACUAGAAGCAGUUCUCAAGACAGGAAACAGAAUGAAUGUCGGAACUUUCCGCGGUGACGCGCAAGCUUUCAAACUCGACACGCUCUUGAAACUCUCUGACGUCAAAGGAACUGAUGGCAAAACCACACUCUUACACUUUGUUGUCCUUGAGAUCAUUCGUUCUGAAGGCGUUCGUGCUCUCCGCCUCCAGAGAUCAAGCAAAAGCUUCUCCAGCAUUAAAACAGACGAUACCAACACAGACACAAGUCCACAGUCUGUUGAACGUUACCGAAGCACAGGACUUCAAGUUGUUUCGGGACUAACCACAGAGCUUGAAGAUGUAAAGAGAGCAGCAAUAAUAGAUGCUGAUGGAUUAGCUUCAACACUGAUGAACCUAAGUGGCUCAUUGACCAAUGCGAGGGAGUUUCUGAAGUCGAUGGACGAAGAGAGCGAUUUCGAGAAAGCUUUAGCUGGGUUCAUAGAACGUGCAGAUGGUGAUAUCAAAUGGUUGAAGGAAGAAGAAGAGAGGAUCAUGGUGUUGGUGAAAAGCUCUGCUGAUUAUUUCCAUGGCAAAUCUGCCAAGAACGAAGGGUUGCGUUUGUUUGCUAUAGUGCGUGACUUCUUGGUAAUGUUGGAGAAAGUUUGCAGAGAAGUUAAAGAAACGACGAUGAUGACCUCUACUAAGAAUCAUUCGGGUAAAAAGGAAACAGAAAUGACUCCGGAAGGUAAUCAACCGGAUAACAUUCGACGGCAUUUGUUUCCGGCCAUUGCUGAACGGAGAGCUGACAGUUCGGAUGGUUCAGACAGCGACUAGGAUGGAACAUGCAGUUUUCAUCUUCUUAGUUUUACUUUUUUGUUGUAUCAUUUCAG